AAAUUCAGAUUUUGUCUUCCUUUCUUUUUAAUUUUCCCAUCAUCGUGGAUUUUGACCGUUUCUCUUAUUCUCUUCUCUCUACUCUCUUUAAUAUCCGGCGACCCUCUUUUACUCUGUUAUAUAUUUGUGUGUAUAUAUGUCUGACUUUGAUUUUUAAUUUGUUCAUGGUGGAUGGGUCCAUUUCAUGUGGGAGGAACACAAAACCAACUAUCAAACCUGUCAAAGCAAUUCUAUAUAUAUGGAGCUAGAAACCCAAAAUAACUCAAACCAGCUACUUGGUAGCUGCUAGAGUUGAUUGAAGCUCCAUCUAGUCCUAGUUUUGUUUUCCUCUACAAUAUUAAUAAUUAUGGCAACGAUAGAAAAGAAUAGGGAUGCUCAUAGAGGAGAAGAUUAUACACAAGAUGGGAGUGUGGAUCUCAAGGGCAAACCUGUUUUAAGAUCAGAAACUGGCACAUGGAAAGCUUGCUACUUCAUUAUCGGAUAUGAAAUAUUAGAGAGGAUGGCAUUUCAUGGGAUUCAAUCAAAUCUAGUUUCAUAUUUGACAAGGAAGCUCCUUGAAGGAACUGUGACAUCUGCAAACAAUGUCACAAACUGGAGUGGUACUGUAUGGAUCACUCCCAUAUUAGGUGCUUAUAUUGCAGAUGCUUAUUUAGGUCGAUACUGGACUUUUGUCUCUGCAUCAGCAACCUAUCUCUUGGUAAAUUUUCCAGGAAUGUGCCUGUUGACACUAUCAGUUUCAGUGCCAGCUUUAAAGCCGCCACCAUGCAGUUCCAAAGAAGAAGGUUGUGCAAAAGCCUCAAAUUUCCAAGUGGGUGUAUUCUACUGUGCAUUGUACAUUAUUGCGCUGGCGGCAGGUGGAACCAAGCCCAUUAUCUCAACCAUUGGUGCGGACCAAUUUGACAACUUCGAGCCCAAGGAAAAGAAUCAGAAGCUCUCCUUUUUCAACUGGUGGAUGAUUGGCAUAGUCAUUGGUAUACUCAUCUCAUACACAUUCUUGGUUUACAUACAAGACAACGUUGGCUUUUCCCUUGGCUAUGGCAUUCCAACAGUUGCACUAGCAAUUGCAGUGUUGGUGUUCCUAAUUGGAACCCCAUUAUAUAGGCACAAAGUGGCUUCUGGGAGUCCAUUGACAAAGAUUGCACAGGUACUUGUGGCUGCUGCUAAGAAAGCCAGAGUGCCUAUUCCAAAUGACCCAAAAGAGCUUUAUGAAUUGAGCUCCGAAGAGUAUUCCAAUAAUCGGAAACUUAGAAUUGACCGUACCCCUUCAUUAAGAAUUUCCUGCAGAUUCUUAGACAAAGCCGCCGUAAAGAGUGGGCCAAACAAACCCUGGAAUCUAUGUCCUGUGACACAAGUGGAAGAAACCAAGCAAAUGAUCAAAAUGAUUCCCGUAUUGCUUGCAACAUUCAUACCAAGCGCCUAUGUAGCCCAGGUGAACACCCUUUUCGUCAAGCAAGGAAGCACAAUGAAUAGAAGCAUAGGUCCCCAUUUUGAUGUCCCUCCAGCAAGUCUUGGAGUAUUUAUAACAAUCUCCAUGCUCAUAGGCCUUCUAGUCUAUGACCGUUGGUUCGUCCCCACCAUUCGACGGUACACCAAAAACCCAAGAGGCAUCACACUGAUGCAGAGAAUGGGAGCCGGUUUUCUGAUGCAUAUUCUGGUCAUGGUAGCAGCUUGCUUGGCUGAGAGAAAAAGGCUCAGCGUUGCAAGAGCAAAUGGAAUUUUCGGCAAAAACCAAAUUGUUCCUAUUACUAUAUUCUUCCUGCUACCUCAAUUUAUUUUAAUGGGUAUUGCCGAAGCUUUUAUAGAAGUGGCUUUAUUGGAGUUUUUCUACGACCAAGCACCCGAAGCAAUGAAAAGCAUUGGCGCAUCAUAUUACACUAGCAGCAAGGGAGUUGGGUACUUCUUGAGUACUUUUCUUCUAACUACGGUUUCUAAUAUCACCAAGAAGCAUGGUCAUAGAGGGUGGAUUUUGGACAAUCUGAAUAUUUCACACAUAGAUUACUUCUAUGCCUUCUUGGUGGUUUUAUCCAUCCUCAACUUCAUAUUUUUCAUUCUAGUUUCAAAGCUCUUUAUCUAUAAUGCUGAAUUUGAAAAUCCGAAAAUGGACUUGGCCUUGGAAACUCUGCCAGACAAUGAAGAGUGAAGACUCCAAAACCGGUCUAGCUAGUUGAUUAGCAGAUAAAACCUUGUAUACCUGUCUAAUGACACAGGGUUAAUGUCUCAUUACAUAUGCUUUGUUCAAAAAGCUCCAACUUAAUUAUAAACUGUGGUUGUAGAAUAUAUUUUGGAAUUUGGAAUAAAUAUGGUACUGAUAUAGUGGUGAUUAAUUU